AUGUCAAAGUUCUUCAAAGGUGCAGUAUCAAGUUCCGACUCAUCGGGUUCCGAAAGCAGUGAUGAGGAACCGUAUGUGCCGAUCAAGAGACCGCAAGCCGCUUUCGCAUACCCGUCUGAUAGUGAUGAUGAAGGGCAAAAGCGCGUUGUUAAGGCACAGAAAGAUCGAAAAUUUGAAGAACUAAAAGAUCUAAUCAAACAAGCAAAGAACUCAAGGAACAUCAAGGAUAUGUCGAAGCUUUUGUCAACGUUCGAAGAAUUAUGUAAAGUAUUUGAGAAGACAAAAGUUGUGUUAACACGACAAAAUAUGUCAACGCCUCGUUUUUAUGUGCGGAUUUUGGUUGAAUUAGAAGAUUUUGUGAAUGAACAGUGGGAUGACAAAGAAGCACGAAAAACUAUGUCGAAAGCAAAUUCGAAGGGUCUCACUGCACUGCGACAGAAAAUUCGUAAAUACAAUAAAGAUAUGGAAGUGGAAGUCAAUGCCUACAGAGCAGAACCAGAUCCAGUGGGGUAUUCAAGUGCAGAUAAUCAAGAUGAAGAAGAAGAGCAAGAGGAGUCGGAAAAUGAGGUAGAGGUGGAGAAAAGUCAACCGCGUAAUGAUCUCAAAGAUUCAGAUGAAUGGAGUUCUGACUCAAAUGCUUCUUCGGACAGUGAUUCUGAUCUUGAUCUUGAAGGAAAACAAAUGGAGGAUUUGCGUAAAUUCUUCUUGAAAAAAGAAUUCAAAGAAGGUGGUGAGACUGAAGGUAAAGAAAAACGUCAGGCAGAAAGAGCACAAAAACAAAAGGAACAAAAAGAGCGUGAAGCGAAAGAGAAAACUGAAGAAAAUGAAAAUGAUGAUACAUGGGUUGCUGUGCCAACAAAAGAAGAGAAGAUGCGUCAGCUUUUUGAUCCGAAGACUGAAAUUAACCAUGAAGCUGUUAUCAACAAAUUACAAGAAGUCAUUGCUGCUCGAGGACGCAGGUCGACCAAUCCUAAGCAUUACGUACGCAGCUUGCAGGAACUAUUCAGGAUUGCAGAUGAGCAUAAACUUGGUGCUGGUGUUUUGGUGAAAAUUUUGUUUUCAAUCAUCUCUGCUCUUUUCGAACUAAAUGCUCGAAUCAGCGACUAUAUGGAUUACUCUUCUUGGAGCAAAACGCUGGGAGCUACCAAUAGCUUGAUAGAUAUGCUAAACGAGUAUCCUGAUAUUGUAUUGUCAAUAGGCAUCAAUGAAGAUGACGAAAACAUACAGGAUGCAACCAAACCAUAUACUGUGCAUGGUUCUGUCCUAAUGAGUGUGCAUCGUUUAGAUACAGAAUUAACUAAGAUAUUGCAAAAUGCGGAUUGUCACAGCACUGACUACAUUGAAAAAUUGAAAGGUGAAAAAGACUUAUGCGCCCUCAUCAAUAAGUUAAUGGACUAUGUCAAUGCUCGACUGGAUAAAAAUGUAUUUUUAGAAGAGGAAAUUUGUAAAUUGUAUAUGCUUCGCAUUGAACAUCUCUACUACAAAUACGAAAUUGAAGAUUCAAUAGAACAUGGGCAGGAGUCAUCACUAGCGAUAAUGGAACGGCUUUGUAAAGAGGUGUACGCGCGUGAUGAUACAAAGCGUCUACGACAGCGUGCAAUGCUUUGUCAAAUUUAUCAUUUAGCAUUACAUGACAAGUGGCAUCAAGCACGAGAUUUGAUGCUCAUGUCACAUUUGCAAGCUAUUGUUGAUCAUUCGGAUGUUAGCACUCAGAUUUUGUAUAAUCGAACAAUAUGCCAACUUGGUUUAUGUGCUUUCCGACAUAGUUUUAUCAAAGAAGCUCAUCAAGGUCUAUCCGAAAUACAAAAUACACAACGAGCGAAAGAACUGCUAGCACAGGGCAUUGCUAUGAGGCAGCAAGAAAGAACGGCUGAACAGGAGAAAUUGGAACGUGCAAGGCAAAUUCCUUAUCACAUGCACAUUAACGUUGAACUCAUGGAAUGCGUCUAUUUGAUAUGCUCAAUGCUACUGGAAAUACCGCAUAUGGCUUCACAGGAAUAUGAGUUGAGGCGCCGCCUCUUGUCACGAUCGUUUCAUUAUCAGCUGAAGCAGUCGGAGAAAAGUUCCCUCAUUGGUCCACCUGAGAAUACGCGUGAACAUGUGGUAGCUGCAUCAAGGGCUAUGUUAAGUGGCGAUUGGAAAAAAUGUCGCGAUUUCAUUGUAAACGACAAAAUGGAUGCAAAGGUAUGGAACCUCUUCCGUAACUCGGAGAAAGUAAAGGAAAUGGUAAUUCGUCGCAUUCAGGAAGAAUCCUUACGCACUUAUUUGUUAAUGUACUCAACGGUUUAUACCACUGUUUCAUUGGAUACACUUUCUCAGCUGUUUGAACUUGAUAAAAGUACCGUACAUUCAGUGAUCAGCAAAAUGAUCAUUUCGGAAGAGUUGAGUGCAAGUUUGGACGAGCCUACAGAUUGCCUUAUCAUGCAUCGUGUCGAACCAAGUCGAUUGCAACUCCUGGCCUUGCAUCUGACGGACAAACUUACUCAGCUUGCUGAUAGUAAUGAACAAAUCCUUGAACCUCGAGCUGGGCGUAGCUAUACAGGUCCAGGCGCAUGGUACAAUCUGCGCCAAGAACGAAUUACUACAGAACAACAGCAACGGCCUAACCGCAUGGCCUAUCAGGAGUCUUCAAAUAAAAACCGUUGGAACGCAAAUCUUCAAAAUCGACGUCGGAUGGAGCAGCGCGUACGUUAUUAG